AUCAACUUUUUACCAUCUAAUUAAAUUUCAUUCUCUUCUUCCAAGUGUUGCAUUUGAUAGAGGGGAUUAAUAUGGGAUCCAAUUUUGCACAAGCACUUUCUGCAGUGUUGCUAAUUGCUUCAAUGGUGGCAAUUAGCACAGCCAACAAGGAUUGGCAGCAUGGGAACUACACUGGCUGGGGUUUUAACCAUGGUCCAUACCACCUCAACAAGACAAACGGACCCAGCAAGAUUGUUGUGGGUGGCUCCGAAAACUGGCAUUAUGGUUUUAACUAUGCAGAUUGGUCUCUGAAAAAUGGCCCAUUUUACGUCCAGGAUACUCUAGUUUUCAAGUAUAAUCCACCAAACAACACCACACCUCCUCACAGCGUGUACAUGCUACCAAACCUUUGGAGCUUCAUAAACUGCGACUUAAGCCAGGCCAGGAUGGUGGGAAGUCCAACACAAGGAGGCGGAGACGGCGUUCAGUUUGUGCUCAAGAGCUGGCAGCCUUACUACUUCGCUUGUGGCGAGCACAAUGGUACACAUUGUAAAGACGGAAUGAUGAGGUUCUUCGUGUUCCCAAAGCUUCGCGGCUGGCAUUACUGAGAGUUUGAGAUGUACGCACUCUCAAGAAUAGAGAAAUAAGUACUGGCCGGAUAGUAGUGCAGACUGAUCUGGGGUGCGAUGGAGCUUAAUAACAAGUCGUUGGCAUAAAGUUUUGACAUAUUGUAUUUUACAUAUAUUUUUCCUAUUUGAUUAGUUAAGUACCUUUAAG